UAAUAAAUAAUGGCUUCUCUAACAGCAGUUUCAAUGGCUACUCCAAUCACAACUACCAAAACUACCUUCUUUAGCCCAUUACCCAUGAAGACACAAAGGGCUACAUUGAUGGGCCAGAAGCCCAGAGGUAUGGGCCUUAAAGUCCAGGCUUCAUUGAAGGAGAAAGCUAUUACUGGGCUUACUGCAGCAGCCCUAACAGCUUCAAUGGUGGUUCCUGAUGUUGCAGAAGCUGCUGAGUUGGCACCUUCAUUGAAGAACUUCUUGCUCAGUAUUGUGGCUGGUGGAACUGUGUUGGGUGCUAUUGUUGGUGUUGUUAUUGCUGUGUCCAACUUUGACCCUGUUAAACGAGCUUAAUUGUUUGCUCACUCUAUAUUUUUAGUUGUACUUAUUGCUUUAGUUUUGUGAUUUCAUGUGUAUUAUCAUCUGUCACAACACCCCACCCCCCCUUCAUUUGCUUUUGAUGUAACUUAAUUUGUUAUGUCAAAAUGACAUUUGAUCAUGGUUCAAUUUUAUCAUUCAUACAUUUCAUAGA